AUGGAGGAACUGGCGCGUGAGAGCAUCCGCAGCAUCAGCUUGCUGUACAAACCAGCGCGAGACACGGAUGCACAGCGUCUCGGUUCCUUCGGUGCGGUUUUCAUCAUGCUGAAGUCAGCACUUGGUGCCGGACUCCUCAACUUCCCCUGGGCUUUUGAGAAAGCAGGAGGUGUGAGCAGAGCCAUCAGUGUAGAAAUGGUGUCUUUGAUCUUCCUGAUCAGCGGCCUGGUCAUCCUCGGCUAUGCCUCUUCUAUCAGCCGACAGAGCACAUAUCACGACGUGGUGAAAGAAGUGUGCGGCCGCAGGAUCGGGUAUCUCUGUGAGAUAUGCUUCGUCUUUAACCUCUUCAUGAUCUCUGUGGCGUUCCUCGUGGUGGUACAGGACCAGCUGGAGAAAUUGUGUUUGUCUGUAUAUGAAAUGGUGACUGGAGCGAACAUGAUGCCCUAUCACUGGUAUACAGAUCAGAGCUUCUCGCUCUUCAUCGUGUGCCUCAUCAUCAUCCUCCCUUUGUCCAUCCCUAAAGAAAUCAGCAUCCAGAAAUACACCAGUGUAUUAGGGACUCUGGCUGCUACGUACCUCAGCGUGGCUGUAAUCGUUAAAUAUUACCUGAAAGGGGAGCACAAGGCUGAUCUCCGUCCUCAACACACAGGGUUAGACUCGUGGGCCUCCAUGUUCAGCGUCGUUCCCACCAUCUGCUUCGGCUUCCAGUGCCAUGAAGCCUGCAUUGCCAUUUAUAGCAGCAUGGAGAACAAAAAGAUCAGUCACUGGGUCUUCAUCUCUGUGACAUCCAUGACUUUCUGUCUGCUCAUCUACACUCUCACAGGAGUGUUCGGUUUCCUCACUUUCGGACGGGGCGUGGCGUCGGAUAUCCUGAUGUCGUAUCCUGGAAACGAUGUGGUGAUGAUCAUCGCCAGGCUGCUGUUUGGGAUAUCAAUUAUCACAAUCUAUCCCAUAAUACUCCUCCUGGGAAGGACCGUCAUCCUGGCGUUGGUGCUGCGUUACCAGGAGCGACGUUCCAUAGUUACGGUGGAGUUCGAGUGCCGUUGUCGGGUCCUUCUGACCGUCCUGUGGAUCGCUGUGACGCUUCUCAUCGCUGUCUAUGUUCCAGACAUGAGUGACGUCAUCAGUGUGAUCGGAGGAAUCAGUGCCUUCUUUAUCUUCAUUUUUCCUGGACUGUGCCUCAUUUUUGCCAUGCAGACAGAAACAUUAGAUCACAGAUUAAAGAUGUUCCUGACUGGAUGGGGUGUUGUCACUGUCGUUGUUGGAACCUUCAUCUUUGGCCAGAGUACCACCAUCGCUGUCAUGGAGCUCGCUCACAAGGCUUGAGCAUCAACAUCAUCAUCAUCAUCAUCAUCAUUAUUAUUAUUUUUUACACAAGAUGCUGACUCUGUGG